AUGACCAAGCCAUUUCCAAAUGGAAUGAAUCCAAAUUCCACCAGGGAAUUGAGCAAGCUCCGAUGCCGCCGCAAUACCAUAAGAGCAUCCAUGAAGAAGACAAUCGGCAAUAUCAACGCCAUUUCUGACUCGACGCUGUCCGAUGAAAUCGAACUGUCCCGUGACAUGUUGAACGAAUGGCUUAGGGAGUUAAAGAUAUUAAAUGAAGCUAUUCACAACAAACUCGAGGACACGAAAUACGAAACCAACACCGCUGCCUGUGAAGAGAGGGAAGAAUCUACCCGACUUGCCGUCAUUAGAGUCCGAGUCCUCGACCAUAGGAACGCCGCAUUCGACCUCACCACGGCAAGCCCCAUCAGUCCUGACUCCCCGUCCUUUACCGGAUCAAAUAUACCGGAUAUUGAGAAGCAUGUCUUCCUUCGAGGAUAUCUUCAAGGUGAGGCUAAGCGUCUAGUUGAUGGCAUCGCCAUAACCGCAGGGACAUAUGCAGAGACCAAGGCACGAUUACUGAAGAAAUACGGAGAUAAGAACCGUAUAAUUCAGGCACACAUCGACUACCUAGAGGGCUUACAACCUUUAAUCUGUCCAACUGCCACCGAAUUGAAUGACCUCUUCGUUGAGUGCAAUAAUAGAGUGCACGCCCUGAAGGCCCUGGGAGAGCCCAUUAGCCACUACAGACGCAUACUAACGCCGAAAAUCCUUCGGGCAUUCCCGGAUUCAUUGUGUGAACGAUGGCUCAUUCAUGUUCGUCAUAAGGGUACCCAUGAAUCUGAUCUGGAACUAUUGCUGAAGUUUGUGCGAGACAAAAUAGACGGUAUCACUACUGCUGCUACUAUCCAUGGAACACAGGACCAAUUUCUGACAAGAGAAGAACCCCAAGCUACCGCAGCCACUCUAGCAGUCCAGACAAGGAAUAAAUCCACGGGAAGAAACACCAAAGGGAGAGGAUCCUCCUAUCCCCCGUGUGCCUUCUGCAACAGUUUCCUCCACUUCAGUUCUGACUGCGCACUCUUAACAAAUCUGAGAAAACGUGCAGAGAAACUGCGCGAGACCAACUGUUGUUUUCUGUGCUUAGGCCAAAACCAUACCACUCACAAUUGUCCCCGAUGUGAACACAAUCAUCACGUUUCGAUAUGUGAGGCAGACCCAACGCAGACUCACAUGACAGUCGCAGCUAACAGACCGACACCACCUAUGACCCAACCCCCAACAUCUGCUCUGGGGUUUGCUCUCUCAACUAUUAGCACAUCUCAAGCCACAGUGUGUAAAAUCGAUGUGCACUCAGACUUUACAUAUCUACAGACAGCUCGAGUUUGGGUUCAUGGAGCAAAGGGCACUGCAAGACAAGUUAGAUGUGUCUUAGACCCAGGAAGCCAAAGGAGUUUCGUUGGCACCCCCCUCAUUGACUCGCUAGAACUGGUGGUGAUUGGAUAUGAACCGUUGGCAAUUCAAGCCUUUGAGUCAGAUGCUAGUACCUACACAUCACGUCGUCGAGUGCGACUCAGUCUGUCCAGCUAUGUCAGCAGGUUUGCUACAUCCUUAAUAGCUGCAGAAUCUUCAAAUACAUACCUCCCUCAUCCGACAGUAUCACAGUUCGCCUAUCCCGUCAGAGAGAUGCCACCACUAGAACUUGCAGAUCUACAGCAGGAGUCAUGUGAUUUACCCAUUGAAAUACUAAUUGGAUCCGACUUUUAUUGGCGAUUUGUCAAAACAAAAAGCCCUAUUCGCAUAAAUGGCACUCUGACACUAGUCCCAUCGCACUUUGGCUGGAUUUUGAACGGUAAUAGGACUAAUGUCUCGAUUCACCCAGUCCAGGUUAAUAGUAUUACAACCCCUUCGGACCCAAUACUACGAUCAAUGUGGGAUCUGGAUACCCUCGGCAUCCGAGAGUUGGAGGAGAAGUCGUUGAUUGUCCAUGAUGCACAUCUGCUCGACGGCUUCCGUCAAUCUUUCCGGAUCAAGAGAGGAAGGGCAGAGAUCCAUCUGCCCUGGAAGCAGAACAUCCGCCUCACAGAUACAAACCGCACAACUGCUCUGCGCCGUUUUGAGACACUACGUCGCAGAUUCAGCAAAGAUAUAGAGUUCAGCAAUAUGUACACCUGCCACAUGCUCAACUACUUCUCCAACGGUUAUGUGGAACGGUUGAUGAACAAGCAACAUUACAACAGACCUACUACUUGCCACAUCACACAGCAAUCCGAAGUAAACACAACAUUUCCAAAUGGCGUAUCGUAUUUGAUGCUUCUUCUCAUGUGA